AUGUUGGGUCCCGCAGCCGGGGUGGCUGCUCUCGUCGGGGUGAUCGCCGCUCAAGAGGGAGUGAGAGACGAUUCUCACGUCGAGAAUGUCGUGCACAAGGCGGUCGCCGAUGAGUUCGACUCCAAAAUCCUCACCAACAAGACUACGGCCUUCCUGUCGUGCGCUUCCGGCGAGAUGCACGUAAAGUUGAAUUUCAGUGAACCGUUCCGAGGCAUAACCUACGUCGAUUAUGACAAAACGAGCCCUUGUAAAUUCUACGGAGACGGACAGAAAUACUACGAGCUGCGCAUUCCGCUCAAAGGAUGCGGAACGAAACAGGAAGCGCCCAGGGUGUUCAUCAACAACAUUAUCGUCCGCUUCCAUCGUUCGCUGGAGCUCGAAGAGGACGAAAUAAAAACUAUCAUCUGCCGUUACCCGCCACCGCUCGCACCGCCACCCGCCAAUGUCAUCGCGCCGAUAGUCGAAGCUCCACUUCUGGUGCCACCCUUGCGACCUCCGAAGCUCUCCGAAAUCGAGCUGCUCCUCAUCAUCUGCGCCCUCCUGUUCCUGACGCUUCUGCUGCUCGGCAUCGGUAUCGCAUACUAUUGUCUCAAGAGACGCAAUGUCAAGGUCAUCAAGAAACGUCCCAUAUCCGCACCCGCAUCUGAAAUCACGAAGAUAUCCGAUUUCGCUCCGAUCACGAUCCCGCGAGCUGUUGCUCAAUCAUCUUCGAGCGAGUCCACUCUGAUUUCGGAUUAUCCAUCGGAGAGUCCAUCGAGCGCGAGCGAUCUUGAAGAAGCCGUCGACAGGCGUCUCGUCGACGCCAAGAUCCCGAUACCGCCGGCCCCUUACCCCACGGAUGGAGAACGCGCCGAGUCUCUCGCGUCGGUGGAGCUUCCUCUCCGAGCUGCUCCGAUUCCUCGACCCAAGUCCCGACCGUAUCCCGCAGACGCCGAACGUGCCGAGAGCAUUUCAUCCGAGCAGAGAGUCGCGACAAUUCCCCGCCGACCGAAGCGAGAGCUCCAGACCGCGGACGACUUCUUCAUUGACACGAUCAAAGAAACAACGGAGGACCUAGACGUCGACCAUCUUCAACGGAAUACCGUCAUCGAUGCUGUUGAAGCUCAGCCCUUAUACGGAUCUAUUCCUGACAACGAUAACUACUCGCAGAGUGAGAUUGAGUCAGUCAUCUUGCCGCAGAAGGAGCGCGUGCCGCAACGGAGCUCGCAGUUCAUCGACGAUCUCCACGUCACGAAUGAACACAUCAUCGACACCGACGAGAAUAUCACAAACAACAAGAGGAAUACGAUCGUCCAGGCCAGAAAACCGAAAAUCGAGGUCAAGAACAUCGAAGACGUCAUCAUCACCACCGAGCACGACAUCAUCACGAACGAAGAAGUGACCAAACGUCGUCGGGACACAAUCGAGCAAUUCAAGAAAGCCGAACCGGAACAGUUGAAAAUUCCCACCGAAUACAUCGCCCCCACCUGGGACGUGAACUUCAAGAGCACCCCGGUUGCCUCAACGGACCAGGGACCCUCUGCCACCUGGGAGACGGAGGACCUCACGACGCGCAACGUGACCGAUCGGUUCGAUAGUGACGUGCGUCAGACCAACAUAGACAUGUCGUCGACUGACGUCAGAGACACGACUAACGUAAGCCGAAGCUUCACCGAUAUCCGAAACGUAGACAUCACGAAUACGGACGUCCGGAACGUGGAUAUCCGAAACGUAGAUUACCGUACAACCGACGUGCGGAAUAUCGACGUGCGGAACAUCGACGUGACCAACGUAGACAUACGCAGUACGACCGAUAUACGUCGGAAUGUCGACUACAGCGUCGAUACAGUCCUCUUACAACCGCCAAAAAGUGUCACCCCGCCAAAACCAAGUCUAGUUUCGAUUUCUUCGACCCCUCCUAAAUAUGAACUUUUGGAAAGAAUCGUUUCCCCGCCCCCCGUCGAGGGAAUUGAGCUCAUCACACCACCCAUCAAGGAGCGUUGGACUGUCCUGAUCUCGACGGACGACACCUUCCGGACGCUGAUCCAUGAAGCUCACACCGUCGAGGAAUACACUCGUAUCUCGUAUCAUGCGAACUAUGUCCAGGUGUUCGAGAGACCAGUGUGGGACGUGAUAAUCCGCGUUUUGACUUUCCCGGAUUAUCACUUCGAACCCACGAUCACUAUCAGGAGGCUUCCACCGCUUCGAGACGUUCCUGACGUGGAUUUCCGGUCUCUGACCGAAACCGAAAUUGGACCAUCAAGGAGGAAGGCCGAUUCCGUUUUCUCUGAUGAAUCGCGUCCGGAAGGAGACAGAGCGACUUCUGAGUACACGGAGCCUCCACAACGGAGGAGAGCGGCUUCGAUUGCGAGUUACCAGAAACCCGUGCUGAGACCCAUCGAGAUCGAUGCAGAUCUGUCCGACGAUGCUCGAUCGGACGAAACUUUCGACAUCCCUGCCGAAGCUCUUGCGUCGAGGACGACGACAACGGACGUUGAAAACGUCUCGGGAGGACGAAUGGUCACCCAGAGGACGACGAUUCAAAGCAGCCGAACCAUGAGAUACUAGUCAAGGUCCGCAGAUAUUUAUGCAAAAACUGAUGGGAUCGGGCUGUGAUCCGCGGUGUCGAAGCGAGACCGUCGCCGAAAUGAUUCUCGAUCAUGAGCUUCAUAAUUUUUCGAGUGCGAUUUU